GCUUUCCUGGAAUUGUCGGGCAACUUUUCCUGUUGUGCUUGCUACCUCUGGUCCAAUCUUUUCUGCCUAUAUGACAGCUCUGCCUGCAGGAUUACUGGCCUGGGAGGACCUGUGCCAUCUGGAUGUCCCUCUCUAAUGACUUUCUGGGUUUUAGGGCGCAUGCAUAUGUUAUGAUGGGUAUAUUUUCAUGAAUCGGGACAGAAGUUUGCUUACAGCAGAGAUGUGGCGGCAGUGCAAAGGAGGGCGAAAUCCAUCGAUAGCUGCUCAGCUUCCGUGGAUUUCGCUGUCAAGCCCGCUGCGUUUGGCCUGAAGAUGGAAACACUGGAGUCGGAGCUGACCUGCCCAAUUUGUCUGGAGCUCUUUGAUGACCCACUGCUGUUGCCCUGCGCACACAGCCUUUGUUUCAACUGUGCCCACCGCAUCCUGGUCUCCCACUGCACCCCCAACGAACCCAUCCACUCCAUCAGCGCCUUCCAGUGCCCCACCUGCCGCUAUGUCAUCACCCUCAACCAGAAGGGUCUAGACGGACUCAAGCGCAACGUGACCCUGCAAAACAUAAUCGACCGCUAUCAGAAGGCCUCGUUGAGUGGACCUAACUCACCGAGUGAAACGCGCCGGGACCGCCCCACCACAGACUCUUAUGCCAAGAUGGCCGACAGAGUUCAGUGUCAAUUCUGUGAGCAGGACCCUCCGCAGGAUGCCGUCAAGACCUGCGUUACCUGCGAGGUGUCCUAUUGCGAGGAGUGUCUAAAGGCCACGCACCCCAAUAAGAAGCCUUUUACGGGCCACCGACUGAUUGAGCCAUUGCAGGACUCCCAUCUGCGCGGGCUCAUGUGUGUGGAGCAUGAAGAGGAGAAGGUCAACAUGUACUGUGUGACUGACGAGCAGUUGAUCUGUGCACUCUGUAAGCUGGUGGGCCGCCACAGGGACCACCAGGUAGCAGCCCUCAGCGACAGAUACGACAAACUCAAGAAACCCCCCGGACGCUUUCUCUUUGUGGGGCGGGAUGAUUCUUACCAGGAUGCAGAACAGCAAGCCCUGGAUUCCAAUCUGAGCAAUCUAAUCAAGAGAACCAGCGAAUUGGAAACGCUGAUGGGCAAACUUAUCCAAACCUGCCAGCACGUGGAGGUAAAUGCAACACGACAGGAAAACAAGCUGCUGGAAGAGUGUGACCUGCUGAUUAAUAUCGUACAACAGAGAAGACAAAUUAUAGCCAGCAAGAUAAAGGAGGGCAAGUCUAUGCGCCUGAGAAAACUGGCCCAGCAGAUAGCCAGCUGUAAGCAGUGCAUCGAAAGGUCCUCGUCUCUCAUCACUCAGGCUGACCAGACCUUGAAGGAGACGGAUCACGCUCGCUUCCUGCAGACUGCCAAAAGCAUCUGUGAGAGGGUCUCCAUGGCAACAGCGUCCUCCCAAAUUCUCCUCCCAGAAAUGAACUUGAACGAUAACUUUGAUACCUUUGCUUUGGAUUUCACAAGGGAGAAGAAGAUGUUGGAAAGUUUGGAUUACCUCACAGCUCCAAAUCCGCCCCAAAUCCGCGAGGAAUUAUGUACAGCCUCCUAUGACACCAUCACAGUUCACUGGACUUCAGAUGAUGAGUUUGCUGUUGUUUCCUAUGAACUACAAUACACCAUUUUCACCAACCAAUCAAAUGUUGUCAGUCUGUGUAACUCAGCUGAUAGUUGGAUGAUAGUGCCGAACAUCAAGCAAAACCACUACACCGUUCACGGUCUCCAAUGUGGCACAAAGUAUAUUUUCAUAGUGAAGGCUAUCAACCAGGCUGGAAACCGCAACAGUGAGCCAGUCAAACUAAAGACAAACAGUCAACCAUUCAAAUUGGACCCAAGGACAGCGCACCGAAAGUUGAGGAUUUCCCACGACAAUCUAACAGUCGAAAGAGAUGAAACCUCCUCCAAGAAGAGCCACAGUCAGGACCGUUUCAGCAGUCACAGCAGCUAUGGAGUUACGGGAAACGUUUACAUUGAUAGCGGUCGCCAUUACUGGGAGGCCUUAAUAGGAGGAAGCACGUGGUUUGCUGUGGGAAUUGCCAACAAGUCAGCCCCCAAACAUGAGUGGGUUGGGAAGAACUCCUCCUCUUGGGUACUGUCUCGCUGUAACAACUCGUGGGUGGUGCGUCACAACUGUAAGGAGAUGCCCAUUGAACCGUCCCCACACCUGCGGCGCCUGGGGGUCCUGCUGGAUUAUGACUCUGGAUGUCUCUCUUUCUAUGACGCCGUGGCCUCUCAGCACUUGUAUACGUUUGACAUCGCCUUCACCCAGCCUGUGUGUCCCGUCUUUAAUGUCUGGAACAGAUGUUUAACCGUCCUCUCUGGGCUGCCAAUUCCUGAUUAUUUGGAUGGCAUCGACUACAACUGAUAUUUCUACUUUUUCUGCUCUAAAAGACAGCACAGUGUCUGCACUCAUGACUAUAAAAACUCAAGUUGUUGGAAUAAAUAAUCAGGUUUAUCAUCUCAAGAAAUGUCAAAAUGAAAUUAUUUACAAUAAUUUUAACAUAUAUGUUUGUAGAUGUAUUGUAUUUGCACUUUUAUGUACUUUUACCAUAGUUUUCAAUAAGAAUGGUUGCUAAAUCUCAAGCAUGCACUUGUUCUACUUUGAAAGGGUUGAAUUAAAGGCUAAUUUAAAAUGUGUAAAACAUUUUUAAGCCAUAGCACUUUAAGAUAACACACCCUGCUAUAAUAAAGUAAAUGAGUUCAAAUAAUUACACAAUUUCAUGAUUUACUAAACUGGAAAAUGCUGUAUAACUUUCUAUUUACAAAUGUCAUAAGGAAUUUCCUAAUUUUACCAUAAUAUUUUGGCUCCCUGUAGCUCUCUACAUUUUCCAUGACGCAUCAGAACUAAUUAUGACAAUAAAAUUCAAUAUGUUAUGUCUA